UAGUGACUAUGGGGUACGUGGCCCUUUAAGCUCUUGAGGUCACGUGAGCCCGCAGCUGUAUUCUCCCGUAUACAGGAAGCGCCUCAUUCCGCUCUACUAAUACAAUGUAGCGCCGCUCGGGUCACGUGACGGACGGGGGCGGGGCGCUAAACAGCUGGUGACGAGUUGGCCCCGCCCCUCCGGCGCAGUCCCCGCCCACGUGUUGUGGCCACCGUGUGUCGGGAUGCAGGGUGCGGAGCGCAGAGCCCGGGACCGGGGAGGAAAAACCGCAUGGAAAACGCACAUUAUCCGACAGCUGCGGCACCGCGACCGCGCCCAGCACGCCUUCCAGGAGCUCAUCCAGUCCUGAGGUUCAUGACUCUGAGGUUCAUGCAGUAAAGUUCAGCCCAAACUCCAGGACGGUGGCGACUGGAGGGACGGAUCGGGUGGUGAAGAUCUGGGGAAUAGUCGCGGGACAGCUCCACCUCCAGCAGGUGCUACAGGGAAGUAAUGGCGGCAUCACCAGCAUCGACUUCGACCCCUCGGGGGCGCAGGUCUUGGCCGCCUCGUUUGAUAAUUCGGCUCAUCUAUGGAGACUGGACAGUAAAUCCAGCGACAAGCUGACCGGUCACACGGCGAAGGUGACGGCCGCCAGGUUCAAGAUGUCCUCGUAUCGGGCGGUCACCUGCAGCAUGGACAGGACGGUCCGGGAGUGGGAUCUGCAUAAGGCUUCAUGUAUCAGACGUAUCUCUGUGCCCUCAUUCUGCAGCGACGUCGUCUGCUCCGACUCCUACAUGAUCAGCGCUCACCACGACAAGAAGAUCCGCUUCUGGGACAGCAGGUCCCCGGAUUGUUCCCGGGAGGUGACCCUGGAGGAGAAGGUGACCUCCCUGUACAUGGAGCCGGAGCAAACACAACUCCUCAGCUGUUCCCGGGACGACGCGCUGCGCCUGCUGGACCUGCGGACGAUGAGCGAGCGCCUGGUGUUCAGGGCCGACGGCUUCAAGUGCGGCUGUGACUGGACCAAGGCCAUCCUCAGUCCAGAUGCUAAUUACAGUAUAGUCGGCUCCUCCGAUGGGACCGUCUUCAUAUGGAACGCACAGAGCGGAGUCCUGGAACGCAGCCUGACCGGGGAGCACAGUGCGUCGGUGAACGCGGUGGCCUGGUCCGUGUCCGGGGAUUACGUGGUCAGCGUGGACCGAGGGAAGAAGGCCGUUCUGUGGAGCGAAUACUGAGGCCUAGAAGGGAAGAGUGGAGGAGCAGGGGGAGGAGUCACACAGAAGAGGGCGGAGUCAUCCAGGAGUAUGAUGCCAGUAAUGUGACUGAUGUAGCAGAGCUGAACUGGUUAUUCUCCUGCUUCUUUCUUGUGCCAUUGAGUACAGGUAAUGUUACACUAGGUCAGCGGUCUCCAACCUGCGGACCUCCAGA